AGAAAUUUCGCGGUUAUAUUUGAAUUUGCCCUGCGGUUAAUUUCGGAACUAGUUACUCCGAAUAGACUCCCGUCACUAUAUUAUCGGAGAUAGAUUAUCGCACCUGAGCGGUUAUCGGACUAAUUUCGUCACUAACAUUGUUGUUGUUUUAUAGUGAGCAGUGGAAAAAACGAAGAAAACGCUUGGAAAACCGUGUGAAAUUCGGAAAAUACUCGGUCCUAUUUAGUCCCCCGCAGUCCACAACAAGCCCCCGUUAAAAUGAAUACAAUUCGGCGGUCUUGACGACCCCGCCUCGUCUAGCUAUCCUUAUCCUUCUGGAUCAGGGUGCCGAGGGUUAAAACUCUCGGAAAACAAGUGAAAAGUGCAAUUAAAUGCCAGUGGCAACUGUUCGGAUACUGCAGGCUUGAGCUGCAAUGAUCUCGCCGGAACAGGAAGAGUCCAACAUGGUCCUGGACCGCCAGGUUCGCCAGAAUAUCCAGGACAUGAUGCACGAGGCGCAUGUCCAGGCAAGUCUUCUGGAGAGCGAAGGUCGCGACCACUUCCAUUCCGACUCCAGUUUGGACCAGGAUUCCCUUCACGCCGACGACUCCAUGGCCGUAAUAGACACUCUUUCCGCCGAUGGCAUUGUGGAGGAGGACCUGACCACCGAACAGGGUGGUGUGGAUGGCAGCGAGGUCCAGAACUAUCACGACAUGUUGGUGGACAACGACCACCACAUCGACAGCAAUGGAUUGCUGCGCAAGCGUCGUGGGAAUCUGCCGAAACACUCGGUGAAGAUACUGAAGCGGUGGCUCUAUGAGCACCGGUACAAUGCCUAUCCCAGCGAUGCCGAGAAGUUCACCCUUUCGCAGGAGGCCAAUCUCACGGUGCUUCAGGUCUGCAACUGGUUUAUCAACGCCCGACGCCGCAUACUUCCGGAGAUGAUCCGGCGCGAGGGCAACGAUCCUCUGCACUUCACUAUUUCGCGGCGUGGCAAGAAAAUCAGCCCGAAUUCCUCAGGAUCCAGUACUAUGGGACAAAACCUCGGUGGGACGCCAAACCCUAUCCAUGGCAGUCCCGCCUCCGAAGUGGUCGUCGGUGCCACUGAGGAGGUAGAUGGUGCUGGGGAGAUGCACGAGGGCAUCGCCAAUGUCUUGACUAACUUCGAACAGUAUGUGCAGGGUCCCAACGGCCAAAUCGUUAAGAUGGAGCCGGAGUAUGAGGAUAGCGUUAUCUACAGUUGGCAGCAGGCCAUUGCAAACAACCCGAUGGGCUUCCAAAGUCUGCACUCCUCGCUGCAAGCAACCAUGAUAGACAAAAUCCAGAACUAUCAGAUGCGCAAGGCAGCAGCCAUCGGAGGAUCGGGCGUCUCCAACAACGCAAUGAGCUCCAGUUCCAGCUCGAGUUCCUCCGGCCCCACAUUGCCGUACGGCUUGUUUGGCCAGCGUUCAACGGAGUUCGAUGACGAGGAGAAACCAAGUCCUCCGAAGCGUGGAAGAAAGCGGCAGGCUUCCGGAAAGACUGCCGGCGAGAAGAGCAAGCAGUCGAAGCCGCAGUCUGGGAACCAACAGGAGACCAUGUAUUGCUAUCAGGACGAAUAUGGCAGCUUUGUGGUGGCCCCUAGAUCCGAGGGCGAGGAGAGCGGACAGGGAUACGAGUCCUGCGAGCAGAACAGCGAGGAGGAGGUGCGCUUCGAGACCUCUGAUGAUUGGCAGAGCGUGAUGAAGACCGUUUUCAGCACUGAGGAGGUUACCACCUCGACUGGGAACAAUCCAAGUACUUCUAAGGGGUCUGCUAAAAAUGCCGCCUUCUAUAAUCCCAACCAGCAGAUUGCAAAGCGUGAUGGCAACCCACAGUUGGCAGCCUCCAAUAAUGAGCAACUGCAGGCCUCUGGAUUCGACAGCUCUGUGCUUGUCAGCUCCAAUCAACUGGAAACUACUGAUAAUUUGCAGGCGGACGAUGUGUUUUCAGUCACCGAUGCUGAAACUGGGCCGACUCAGUCCUCGCCACCAUCGCAGAGUCUCAGUCGAGAGGAGCGUGACAAGUACAAGUGCCUCUAUUAUUUAGUGGAAACUGCCAUGGCUGUUCGCCAAACAGAUAGCAACCAGGACGAGGAGUUCGUCUACAUGGGCGACUAGGAUCACAGCUGACUAGCCACGCAAUAGAUCUUGACGAUCCGAAGUGCAGAGGCGUGUAUAUAUAUAUUUUAGUAAUUCGAUUGAACAGCAGUUUCUGCGCGUACUACAGCCAAGCCUUAUGCUUAGGCGUUUGUUAUUAUGUUAAUGAAGUAGGUUACUAACUUAAUGUACAAAUCAUUAGAUCAAUUUCACACGGCAAUUGCCCAUUCAAAUACGCAUAUCCACCAUGUCAAUUUACGUACAAUUGCCCUGUUUCAAACGAAAAACACAUGAUGGGUGUGAUUUUUUCAAACUAAAAACGAUUGUGUAAACUACUGGUAUUUAAAUAAACCAAAAAUCUGUGCAUUUGCAAUUCCCCAGGAA